AUGCCGACCGACAAUGCUUCCAUGUACAAGGAUCAAGGGGUGUCUCUGUGGGUUGCGAAUAGCAUCUUCAUUGGACUGGCUACACUCGCUGUCAUCGGAAGGUUUAUGGCGAGAAGGCUCGGGAAGCUGUCUCUCGCGGCGGAUGACUGGACUAUUCUUGUUGCACUGAGCCUCGACUUGGUGCUAUACGCUCUGUUCGUGGCCUUUAGGGCACAUGGACUUGGGGCACACAGGGCUGUUGUCCCAGAAGCUGAUGUCUCUACAUUCCUCAAGCUGUUGUAUUAUUUCCAGAUCUUCUAUAUCCUCGCUCCGCCUAUGGUCAAACUCUCACUUCUGUUGCUUUAUAAACGCAUCUUUAUAUCAUCACGGUUGAUUGUGGUAGUAUACGUAAUGGGUGCACUAAUUAGUAUAUGGACAAUCAUUAUGACCUUCUUGGGAAUCUUCAACUGCCGCCCGAUUAGUGCGUUUUGGACAGGUCAGGGGAAAUGUCUCCCUUUCAAACAAUUUGCCAUUGGAUAUGCAAUCGUCAACAUCACUACAAGUCUGACUGUUUGGCUAAUGCCAAUUCCCAAAUUAUGGAAGCUGCAGCUGCCUACAGCACAGAAAGUCGCUCUGAUCUUGAUCUUUGCCCUAGGUCUCUUUGACUGCGCCGUCUCCCUUAUCCGGCUGAUCUCUUCCAUGCUCGUCCUUGGGAAUUGGGACGUCACGUACGACUACGCCCGCGGAGUCAUAUGGUCUAUUGUCGAGGUUUCUAUUGGCAUUGUCUGCAGCUGUCUCCCAACAAUGCGAGUCAUUCUCGCGUCUAUUUUAAGUGAAAAACUUGCCCGGGUGUUACGAUUCUCCGGUUUAAGGUCCAAUAGCGAUAACUCUCGGAACACCAGACCGACAGAAUCCACUGAGCUCCGAGAGCCAUGGACGAUUCAAGACGGCUCCGGCAACCAACAUUAUAGCCAUGUUACCCGCACCCUGGAUCUGGAAGACAACAGGAGUAUCUCACAAGGGAUUCAAGUAUUGGAAGAGGUCACGGUUGAGCUACAACAAAUGCAGCCGGCUUGCCACAGGUUAGAGGAACACAUUGAGAACUAUGCAAGUGAAAACAGCUCAUCUCGCAAGGUGUCAGACAAAGGGUGCAAGGCAGUAGUCCGAAAGAGUGCUGAAUUUACCAUCUUGCAGGAGGACAGCAUAGAGCUGACCAAGGUAAUAGCAGCCAAAUCUGAGAAGAAUAAGCUGAAAAGGCGCAUCCUCUCUACAGAGCGGGUCCUCACCCUUAUUCAGGUCCAUCAGAUCAUGGAAGAACGGAAGUGCGAGAUCAAAACUGCAAGCGGCAAUCAGAGAGUGAUGAGAUAA